GAAAAAUUAAAUUUCCCGCCAUCGAUUUGCUAAAUGGCGGAAAUGUGUGCUGUCAUUGUUCCUCACAUUCGGAAAACAAGUUUCUUGACGGUCUUGUUACAGUUAUUGCUCGAAUGCCGCGAUGGACAGGAUACUUAAGGGAAUCAUGAAGUACAGAAAGUGCCACCGGGAAGGAAUGGUGAAGCAAUUCCAACAAGUCAGAGAUCAUCCCGAGCCGAAGGCAGUGUUCUUUACCUGCAUGGACUCCCGGAUGAUUCCGACUAGAUUUACGGAAACAAACGUCGGAGAUAUGUUUGUCGUCCGAAACCCCGGCAAUGUCGUUCCGCACACGAAGCACUUCGUGGACGAGCUAACUAUGUGUGAAGCGGCGGCGUUGGAGCUCGGAUGCGUGGUGAACGACAUUAGGCACAUUAUAGUUUGCGGCCACAGCGAUUGCAAGGCGAUGAACCUGCUCUACGCCUUACGGGACGAGGAGUACGCGUCUCAAACGAACAGGAGGAUAUCGCCGUUGAGAGCGUGGCUGUGCGCGCACGCGAGCAGCAGCCUCGCGAAGUUUCAGCAUCUCGAGAUCACCGGUUUCCGCGAGCCAAUCCUCUUCCAGGCGGAGACGCCGUUGCGAAAAUUUGUCGCCUACAUCGAUCCGGAGGACAAGUUCGCGAUCGAAGACAAACUGUCGCAAAUCAACACGUUGCAGCAGCUCCAGAAUAUCGCGUCGUACGGGUUCCUGAAGAAGCGUCUGGAGAGGCACGACUUGCACAUCCACGCGUUAUGGUUCGAUAUUUACACCGGCGAUAUCUAUUACUUUAGCCGCGCCAACAAGAGAUUCGUGGAGAUAAAUGAAACGACGGAGCCGCUCUUGCUUAAAGAGAUUAAGAAAUAUUAUUCAUAGAAGCUCCGUUAGUUUUUAGGUAAUUGCUUAUUUAUAAUCCAACGCUUACAUUUACAUUGCCAAAGACGUAUAAGUUAAAGUGCUUAAAACAAUUAUAUAUAUAUAUUUUUAUAUAACUAACUUUGAAAGGCUGAAGCUUCAUAUUUGUGAGAGACUCGUUAAUGACAAUAAAUUGAAUGCUCGUUUAUCAUUGUGCAGAACGAACACUAUAUGUUGCGCUUUGUAUGUUGAACUUCAGAUACCGUUCAAGUUUACAGGGUUAAACACACAUUAUACACAAUUUUGUAUUUAUUUUUUCAUAAAAAUAAUAUAAUAUAUGCGUGUAUAUAUUGAUGGAUAAUUAUUGUGACAAAAUAAAAAGAUAUUCGCGUUGUGAAA